AAUACUUUGAUUAACAUCAUGGAUUUGAUUUGAGUUAAGGGCAAAAGCUAAUCAACUUUUUUAUGUUUUUGGUGCAUACAAGAUCAUCUAGCUCACUCACUCUACCCUACCUUGUAGGUCCACACCCCCAUUAGCUUUAUUAUUCCAUGCCACAAAAACACUCUUUCUAAACCCCUCAUGCAUGCUUCUGGUGGCCCGUGGCCCUUUCAGUCCCAUCAUUUUUUUCUUCACCCAAACACUGCCUAUGCUUAAUGCUUUCUCCUCAUUCAUGCCCUUCAUUUUCCUAUUUUCAUUUCUCUCGGAACCGUAGUCAACUAGAAGAGCAAGAGAAACUAAUGGAUGAAACCAAGUUUCUCUUAGAACUAAAAUUCGUUUCUUCCUUUUGUCUUCAUAAAUUCGUAAACCUCCUAUGCGAAGAAACCGCUUCCUUUCUCUCUGUUUUCUCUUCAGAUCCUCUGUUUUCAUGCGUCGUGACAUUUUGCACCUUGGUUUUCCUCUACUUGCCGCACUUUUUCUUGAAGAUAGUCUUGUCUCCGGUUCUCAUUCUCACCACAGUUCUCCUUCUCUCCAUUCUCCGCCUCGGUGCAAUUCAGAAGUCACAACAACAUGAACGAAGGGAAAAUCAAGAACCCGUCGUUUACGAAGAAAACAGGGGAAGCAAAUGCAGGGAAGAGAAACAGAGCUCAGGUCCCGUUGAAGAAACGACGUCGUUGGAACAACUGACCCAGUGGGUUCACUCGGAAACAGAGGUGAUUUCCGAAAUGGGUUUUGAAUCAAGUUCGUGUUUUGUGGAGUGGGACGUGAAAGCGCCAUUGGAGGUGAUAUAUGAAGAGUACGGUGAAGGAGAAGAUGUAGGUGAUGAUGCAAACGAGAACGUGGGUAUCGUGAGGUACCCUUCGUUGUCGCGGUUUUACCCGGAAUCGGAUUCGGAUAGCGAAUCGUCGGAAAAUGGAUUUUCGGCGAUCGGAGAUUGGGACUCGCCGGAGGAGGUUGGGUUCCGGUGGGACGAAGAAGAAGAGAGAGAAGGGUUGUAUGAGAUAGCUCUUGAUGGUUGCAAGAGGAAGAGAGGCUUGGAGUUUCACUUCGAGGAAGAGAAUUUGAUAGAGAUCGAUAUUUCUCCGUCGAGGUUCAGAGACCUUUCCGGUGACGACGAGGUUUUUUCCGCCAAACUUGCUGGUAUACGUGGCAUUUGUAGUAGCGAUGAAGGUUAUGCAUGAUUCAACUAUUCAAGCAUGAAAAUGUGUCUACUUGAAGUUGUUUGCAUGUUGAUGGGAAUGGAAUCUGUAGAAAUGUUCAUUGACAACAAGUAAGGCGAACAAAUGACACAUGCACACAGCAA